UUUCGGCAAUCGUUGUUAUGGCUACCAAGUUGGCGUUGCUGGUUGUCAUUGAGACGGCAAACGAAGCAAAUGGAAUUCUGAAAUGAGUUCAUAAUUCCACACCAGUAGAAAAUAACAGCCCGUAGAACAGUGAAGUGAUACCAUCUACUCUGGCCUAGCUGGGAAGCUAAUCCAAUAGAAAGAUGAAUCGCACCGACGACAUGAAGAGGUCCUCGCUGAAUGACUACAAGCUGGAAGCGAUGGCCUCAAUGGGCUGGGCGGUGGACUCGGACAUUCCGAUGGCGAAUGCCGAGAACCUGGCCAUCCUCAAGGAGCUGGCAACCCUGAGGGCUCUGAAACUGGAGGUUCAGCAGCACAUGAACUCUCUGGAUGAACGUGAAAAGGCUGUGGAACGACACACCAAAAACAUUGAAGGCACUAUUCAGCAGAAUAUAAUACUCUAUAACUCUAUGAAGGAUGAUGUUAUAAAGGAGGCCCACAAUGUUCAGCUGGUGAUCUUGGAGCGCAACAAGAUCAAGGAGGAUUUGAGAAAGACUCAAAAGGAACUGGAAGAGUACACAGAGUAUGCCGAGGUCACUGAACGUAAGAUCUCCCAAAAUAAGCGCGAGAUCGAUGAGCUGACUGCCCGCAUCAAAACGGCCAAGACCACCUUGGUGGAGUGGAAGGAGAUUAUGGAUGACGGCAACAAGGGCUACCAGUUGAUCGAGAAGUACUAUCUGGAUGAUCAGCAGAAGGCCCGGGAGCUGAACACUAAGCGUCAGCUGCUGCAGGCCGAAAUCGACAAGCGGCGCAAGAAAGUGGUCCUCCUCUACGACGAACAGACUACGCUGGAAAAGAACCUGGAGCGGACCGCCAGUCUAUAUAGGGCUGCUCACGCAGAGCGCCGCCAGAUGGUGGAGACCUGGAAGAGCGCGGUGAACCUAAUGACCCAGCGAGAGCACGACAUCCAUCGCAGCGAGGUGGAGUGCGCCGAGCUGGCUAAUAGGUUGCAGAAGACGACGCUGACCUACAAGGACUAUGAUAACCAGCUGAACGACGUAAUUGACAACAAUCGCCAGGUGGAGAUCGGCAUUGAGGCCUUGAACGAGGAGACCUCCGACAUGAAGAACCAGAUACAGGUCCUGGUCGAUACCUCGAUACUGAAGGAGCGCGAGAUUGACGGCCUGCGACGAGAACUGGAGAACCUCUCGAACCGGGUCCACGUGCAGCGCAUGGAGAAUCGUAAUCUACAGAAGAAGCGCGAUGAGAAAAUCAAGGAGAUAGAAAACUCCUCAUCGGUGAUAGAGAAGAUUGAAGCGCGGCUUAAGUCCAUUCAGAAUAAAGCCCUCAAUGCGGAGCAGCGGCUUCAGAUUUUAGAGGAGAUGAUGCAGGCCGAGGAGACGGCUCUGAAGAACCUGGACAAGGAGCAGGAGAAGGUCAACGAGAUGCUGUACCGCACCCAGAGGCAGGUUGUCGAACUGCAGGACGAAGAGAAGAUCCUAAAGGUGCAGAACGAUUCCUUGAACUCCAACUUAAUGGCCAUGAAACGCAGCCAACAGCAGGUCAACAGCGAGCUUAAGCGACAGACGGAGAUUCACUACUCUCUAUCGUUCAAGUGCCUGGAGGCUGAGCGGAAAUAUGCCGCACUAAAGGGUCUGGCAGACGACCCCGAGGUGGAGGCCACCAACUUGGCCCGGCUCAACACCCUCGAGCAGGAGUACGAUAAGCUUCAACGCCUCAUAGCCACCACGGAGGCCCAGAAUAAGAAGCUGAACUAUAACAUGAACAACUUGGUGGUCCAGUACAACGCCGACGAAAAGGAACUCGAAACGGUCAGGUUCAAGAUCAAGGAGGCUCAAGUAUACUGCGAGGGCACGGUUAAGAGACUGCGCCAGAAUCGCUACGAAAACUCCGAGCUCAUAGUGGACCUCAACAUGGUCAAGAUGCGCUGCAGCGACCUCGAGGUGGGCAUCGGUGGCUGCGAAAAAGGUACCUACGAUCUUGAGCAGCAUCGCCUCUCCUUCCGCCGGGCUAUCAAGGAUCGCACCGUAGAACUGCGCAGCCAAGAAGAUGUUCUUCUCCUAAAGAAGAAACACCUCAACGAGGAACUCAGCACAUUGAAAGCCGAUCUUGGCGAACGGAAGAAGCAGAUUGAGGCGAUGAAGACGCGAUUUGAACUGACCUCCCAACUUCUGGGCAAGAACGAGGACGGGUCCAUCAUGACUAGUACCCAGCUGAAGGUGGAAAGCGCCCAGACGCGUCAGAUGCUUGCCGACGAGGGCGACGCCCUCAACAAGAAGGUGCUCAAAGCCGAGAAGGAAGUGGUUGCCCUGGAGAAUACGCUGCGUCAGUUCGACAAGUCCAACGACAACUACCGCAAGUCUUUCCGUCCUGUGGAUGAAAACUCGAAGGAUCGCGAACGCGCCGAGCAGGAACUAAAGGAUCUGGAGGCGGAGUACUGCGGCGAACUGGAGAAACUGAAGGUGCUGCGAUGUAAGGCUCAGCACUACGAGCAGAAGUACGCAGCCCUGCGGGCUGAGGAGGAGGACCUGAUUUCCAAAAUGGAAAAGGCAAAGGCCAAGCGGUCUGAGCACGCUGCAAUUCUAGAGAAGAUUGAGCGCGAACUGGACGACCAACGACUGAAAUUGGACAGGGCGCAGCGCGAGAUCCGGACGCAGUUGCGGGAAAUCAAGGCACGACCCUUUAGCGAUGAGUUCUUGGCGCAGUUUGAGCGGGAUCUGGAUCUCCAGGAACUGGAGGCCCGCAACACCAAAUCGCUGAACAUGCUCACUGAUCUGGCCAGCAGCGACGCGAACGGCACAGAAAUGAUAUCACUCAUGUUGCGGAAAGGCAUCAAGUUGCCUAUGCACCUGAAACGCACUUGCAGCCGGGUCUCCAUGAACAGCAGCUCCUCGUCCAAGUCAAUGCAGGAGGGAGAUGCAAGCUACCUCAGCGUAAAGGGCAAAGGCAAGCUCUGUGAGGGAGUGAGUGCACGAUCCUCGGCCUCCGACAUGAGCUCCAUCAAGGACGACAGCUCAUCCACCACCUCCAAGUCCGGGCUAAGCAUCAUUUCCCUUGAGUUUCCCACUUCUAAGAAAAAAUGAUUUCGUUUAAUAUAUUUAAUUUAUUUUUCCUUUGGUUAUCCGAUGAUCUCAACCCCUGUUCUUCGAUCUUCACGUGCUUUUGGCCAUCCCAGUGUUUACAAAUUGACCGUCUAAACGGAACAGCGAAUAAAAUGCGUUGCCAAAGCGGUCAAAACAAGAGAGCACCACUGUAAUAAAAAUAGCCCACAAAAAAUUCAA